AUGGAGGUCUACUGCCAGGGCCUGCCGCCGGGUCUUUCCCAGGCCAGCUUCCGGAGUAGCCUCCAAGGAUAUAUGAAUGCCUUGGGCAUUACCGACUGGAGCUGUCAAGAACCUGGCAACAAAGAUUUCGGCUUCAUUAUCUUUUUGAACGUCAAGGACGGCCUCAAGUUCCUCCGCCAGCAUGGCGCCACUAGGCCCCAGCGUCCUCGCCUCUUCAUUGUCAAGAAACCUGUAUAUGCAUCCAAGGGCAAAAAUGCUCCUGAUAAGUUUAUGCUGUCCCACCUUCAGCACCACAGUAACCAGAAGCCCACGGCAGUCGACCGGCCAUUGGAAACCGCUACCCCCGUUUUACCUCUACGUGGGAUAGACUGUGGUCACUCAACCCAGCACCGUUCCGUCGACGCCCUCGUCUUCGUUCGGCAGUGCUACCUCGAAUGUGACUUUGACGCCACGGCUAAAUUUGGCACUCGCGGCCUCAUCCUCCAGUAUGAUGGCGGCUUCCGCGUCGAUAUCCCCUACGCUAUCAUCUGGGAGAUGGCCCGGGAUCCGCAGGACUCCGCCAUUACACUCAUCCUGAGCGAGGUCCCGAGAUUCUUUGCCCCCGGUCGCCGGCUCGCCGACCUGAUGGACCGACUAGACCUUUCGGCCUACGGGUGGCACAACACCUCAAGGGCGCCAAAAUUGAUCCGUGCUGGCUCUCUUCAAGGAUGCCCCGAGCAUGUCAAUUACGUAGCGCAUUGCUUAGUCUAUCGUCUUCGUUUCUGGAACGGCUACCAUGAGCUCACCCAGGUCCUGGCAACACUCCGCCGGCCGGACCUGAAGCAGCCCCCUCCCGUAGCCUUUCGCGAGAUGCCGGCUAUCCCUGGCGAAACUGAUUUCCCCUCUACAUUCCGGGACUUUACUCGGCGAACCGACGAACUUCAGGGGUCGGGCGCGGUUCCCUUCGUCAUCCUUUUCCAGACUCAAGCCCUCCUCCUGUUCCAGCAGAUACCCUAUCCGUCGCCCAAGUUGUACCCGCAGCGCUUGUCAGCCAGGGGCAUCAUUGAGCAGCUUAGGGUCAACGAGGUGAGGCACAGAAACCAUAUGGGACUCUUUGCUGGUCUCGAGAAAGCGCGCACCGCACGCCAGUCAUGGGUGCUCAAGGCCAUUGUCACGCCCACGCGCAUUCUCCUCCAGGGCCCAGACCUAGAGACGAAUAACCGCAUUCUGCGCAAGUUUCCCGACCACACCGACUACUUUCUCCGCGUUCAGUUUAGCGAAGAAGACGAAGAAGAUCUCUUCUUUAACCCCAAUGUAUCCAAUGACAUGAUUCUGAAGCGUUUCGAGGACGUUUUCCGAAACGGUAUCCAGAUCGCCGGUCGCGUCUACGGCUUUCUCGGGUUUUCCCACUCGUCUCUACGAUCUCACUCGGCGUGGUUCUCGGCCGCCUUUGUCGAUAAAGAGGGUAACCUUCAAUCCUCCAUCACCAUCAUUCGAGAUCUCGGGAACUUCAGUAAGAUCCGCAUCCCUGCCCGCUGCGCCGCACGAAUCGGCCAGGCCUUUAGCGAGACGCCAUACUCGAUCCACCUAGCGGAUCACGGCAUAACCCAAUCCUAUAUGCCCGACGUCAAGUCGCCGGAUGGUGUGCGGGUCUUUAGCGACGGAGUCGGAACCAUCUCCCUGGAAGCGGCGAGAGCCAUCUGGGACGUGCUUCCGAGCCAGGCCAACCGAGCUACCUGCUUCCAGAUCAGAUGGGCGGGUGCCAAGGGCAUGCUCUCCCUCGACACGCGUCUAACGGGCCGUCAGUUCCGCAUCCGGAAGGAGUCGAUGGAAAAGUUUGAGGGCACAGAUAGCGCCGACCUGGAAAUAUGUGACAUGUCGUCCAAACCCAUGCGGUUCUUCCUGAACCAGCAAAUCAUCAAAAUCCUUGAGGAUCUCCAUGUGGACGAGAGUUGGUUCUUAAGACUGCAGAAACAGGAGCUCGACUCUCUCAAGCGCAUCACGGAAACCACCGAAGGUACGGCCGCGUUUCUCCACGCCCACGAUGUCGGGAGUGAAGCGGAUCUACCCAAGUUUCUCAAACGGCUUCACAAGCGCAAGAUUGACUACAGGACAGAUCCCUUUCUAAGGUCCUUAGUCGAAUCCGUCGUUCUUCGGGAGCUCAGGCUCUUGAAGCACAAGGCCCGCAUCCCCGUACGAAAGGGGGUCACCCUCUUUGGCGUCAUGGACGAAACCGGAUACCUGGAACCUGACGAGGUCUAUGUCACCUUUGAUCAGACCUCACAGGGCAACAUCCCAAACCCAAUCGAGAACACGCUAAAAGACGGCGUCGUCCUCGUGACGAGGUCGCCCGCGCUGCAUCCCGGCGAUAUACAAGUGGCACUCCAAAAGACGCCGCCUAAGGGGCAUCCGCUACGGGCCUUGCGGAACUGCAUCAUAUUUAGCCAGAAGGGCGACCGCGACCUGCCCAGCAAGUUGAGCGGAGGAGAUCUGGACGGGGACAUCUACAACAUCAUCUGGGACCCGGAAGUCACCGAGGUCAAGAGACUACACCUCAUCAUCGCGGACAAGAAGAACGAGGGCACCAUGGAUUCGGAUUGCCUCAAGCUGGCGGAGCUCCACUCCAGCGCCGUUGACUUUUCCAAGACGGGAGCUGCGGUGGACGUGUCUCUGAUGCCGAACUAUAAAGCGAGAUUCAGGCCCGAUUUCCUCUCGCCGGCACCUCUAACCCAGGUGUAUGACCGUGGGCAGAUUGAGUUUUUAGAUCCUUCAGAUGAUAGGGCGGACGAAGAGGAUGGGCCGCCAAACCACACGUACUACAGAUCAGAGAAGAUCCUGGGCAAGCUUUACCGCAACGUCGACGAAAAGAAAAUCUGGUCGAGCAUCCACAAGCCCAUUCCGUAUGAUGGCCCAUCAGUCUGGGAUCAAAUGCUCGGCGUAGUGAGGAAAGAACUUGGUGAGCUCAGGCUCGAGCGUGAAAUCCAGUGGCAAAGGGAAGCACAAAUGGCGCACGAUCUUCAGGAAGGCGGCGCCAUCUUCCACAAGACGUCUAAACCAUCCCAGCGCCAGCGCGAUUGCGCCAUCAAGCUGCGCGUGCGCAUCGGCGAGAUCACGGCAUGGCUCGUGGACCAACUCCGCAGUGGGCCCCGCGUACAGCCCGACGCCGUCGCAGCCCCGGCGGACAAGACGGCGGUCCGGAUGCGCGCCAUCGAGCUUUGCCUCGCGUGUCUACACAUAUCCCGCGAGCGGGAGGCCGACGACGACGCCAAACACAUGCGGCGGGGCCGUCGCGGGCCCGCCGAGUACUUGCAGAGCUUCCGGGUGAUUGCUGCCGCGACCCUCCUGCGGGAACUCGAUCGAUACCGCUUCGAUCUGCAAGAGACGGAGAGGAGGCAACAGCAGGAAACGGCGGAGGCCACCAGUGCCCCGCCGCCGAGGGGGAGAAGGCGCUAA